ACGCACAUCUCGGUGUCGCUACGACGAACUGCUACUCUACCCCAUCACACCUCGUACGACCACCUCAGAGAAUGUUCCCGAGGGGGUCUUUAGCUCUGAAAAUACCGGUAGAGGUGUGCCGGAAGGAGAGAUUACGCUGUUUCGCCUCCAGCGCUCGAAGUGCCGCCAGAUCCAAGGGCAGUCAUUAUGAUGCCCUCAUGUUGCCGAAGAAUGCGACCAAGCAACAGGUCAAGGCGAAGUUCUAUGAGCUGUCUAAAAAAUACCACCCUGACAAGACUGGCGGCGAUAUAUCCAAGUUUCACGAAAUCAAUGAUGCCUACGCGACGCUGGGUGAUGAAAGCAAAAGACGGCAGUAUGAUCUCUCAAUAACACCAGCUUCCCAAUCUCCUCGCCGGCCCCAUGCUUCCAAUCCCGCACAUCAUUCUUCAUUCCACCCAAAUGAUCCAUACUUACAUCGUGCAGCGCAAGGCCCACAUAGGGCCUGGCAUGGUCAACACGCUUCCUCACAUCCACCCCCAGGUUGGCGACCUAAGACCGAGACAUACAACCCCUUUGGUCAUCGAACACCACCUAACUGGCAGUACUCUCCCGGGUAUAAUUAUUCGUACGCCCCCAAUGCUCGUACGACGGAUCGUGCAGGAUGGGGAAAGCGAAGGCCAAGUCAAGGAGAUAAGGAAGAAAAACAUGCAGGAGGCGGAGGGAUAUGGAGGUUUGUCAUUACUGUGGGAUUGAUUUUCACUGUGAUUUCGCUGGGAGGUAGUCUGACGGCAAACACGGAGAGUGAGGAAGACUGGGCAAUCGAGUCACAGGGCGAAGAUGAGGAAAUAAAUUCAUCACGGCCUUCUUAUCGCAGGGCAACAUAGAGCAAUGCGUGCACCGUUAGUAGUGCUUGUACGUACUAUCAGUGACCAAGAUGUUCAUUGCUUGUAACAGUAUGCAGCAUAAUAUACAUAG